GAACACACACCCCCAAAACUUCCAUUUCAAACAAUAUUCUCCACUCAAAACACAACAUAUUUCAUUGCAUCAUCGACACACAUUCCAGAACAUACAAGAGCAUUAACCACCUAAUAUCUACCAGUACCUGCAAAAUUAGCACAUUACACAAGUUAUCUACAUUCUCCCAAAAUUCUUAUCACCUACUAUUCCUGUAAUACUAGAGGCUAGAGCAACAAAUGGCAUCAACCAUGUGCAGUAGUAGCUCUUCAUGUUUUGCCUGGAAGAAUUAUAGCCAGAAACAUAGUCUAAAUCAUAGAAUUCAGAAUGAGUUUAUUCAUUCAUCAUCACUUAAUCCACCAGAAACAUCUGUUGUUGAUGAUGGAGCUGCAAAACUUUCUUCUUGUUUAUUGAAGAGAAGAUCAGUAGUUCUGCAAUCUGGGUUGGUGCCACUUGUUUCUUCUUUAACUGCUCUUGGAUUUCCAGAACAGGGUUUGGCUGUAGUUAAACAAGGGCCUCUUGCUGGAAGAGUACCUGGAUUGUCCGAGCCAGAUGAACAAGGCUGGAGAACAUACCGAAGACCAGAUGACAAGUCGGGAGGCCAUGGCGUUGGAUGGAGUCCAAUUAUUCCUUACCUGUUUAAAGUUUAUGGAGACUGGGAUGAGGUACCAGUCUCCAUUGCUGACUUAGGGGGAACAGAAAUCGAUCUCAGGUUUGCGAGCCCCAAGCAAGGCCGCUUGUUUGUUGUAGUUGCUCCAGUCCGCAGAUUUGCAGAUGAACUUGGGGACAAUACGACAAUUGAAGAAAUUGGAACACCUGAGAAGGUUAUUAAUGCCUUUGGACCAGAAGUAAUAGGGGAGAAUGUAGAAGGGAAAGUUUUAAGCAUGGAAGUGGCGGAGCAUUCAGGAAGAAAAUAUUACCAGUUCGAAUUGGAGCCUCCUCAUGUUUUGAUCACAGCGACAGCAGCUGGAAAUCGGCUGUAUCUUUUUUGUGUUACAGGCAGUGGUCUUCAAUGGAAGAGACAUUACAAGGAUCUGAAACAAAUCUCUGAAUCUUUCCGUAUUGUUUGAAAUUGGUGGCAUCGCCCAAGGAAUAUACAAUAUAAGAGGCAACCUACAGUCCACAGACCACAGUAUUGUAAAAUGAACAUGAAAGCUUCUUAAGUGCGGAAUGAUUGUCUAAAUCACUGGCGUGGUUGCAGCUUCUUAAUUAAGGUGUGCGAUGAUCAUGUACUCAUAUUCAACGGCCUGAAAGCUUAAUAUAAUUUAUAGAUUAAAAUUUUCAAUUGAAAUGUAAUUUGUGCACCUAGUAUUAUAGAUAGAUUACAGACUGCGCAAGUUCGAGUUCGAAUUAAGAUGGUGUUUCUACUUUAUACUAUUGAACAUGAUUGAACUAGAUGCAGGAUUUUUUUUUGUUGUUAA